AUGACGGCAGUCGUCAUGUGUGACGGGGCGGCAGCCGCCUCCAAAGCUAUUGGAUGGGCUGCUAUUCCAGGCCACUUGAUGCGGCAGCACGACGGGGAGCAGCUUAUCCUGUUGCACGUGUGGGGCAAAGAGAGCCUGCAGCGGCCGGCGGCAGUGAAGGAUCUAGAGAAGGUGCCACAGCUCCCGGAUGAUCCAGCAGCGUUGUACCGCAUCUCGCCCUCGCUUGUCGUGCAGAAGACACUGGAAGCAAUCACGGAGAGCAAGGUCACACGUGACUCACUCAACUAUAAACUAGAGACGAUGGCUCUGUGUGAGCCCGCAGUAACGCCGCCACCGCCGUCGGCUCCAGCACCGCAACCAUCGGCCUCCUCCAAGCUGGCGGUGGGAGUGAAGAAGGAGUCGGAGCCGCAAUCGGUGGUGCUGACAGAUGCAGAAAUUGAAGCGGCAGCUAGGGAGGCCGCAGAAAAGGCCGCUCAAUGUCAUGCCAACGCCAUCGCCCUGUAUGCGCAUGAACGUGCACUCCAUCACCAAGCCAAGGCCAUUCUGCUGGGGUCUGGCAACCGCGUGGAGGGAAAAAAUGUUGUUGUUGGCCACGUUGGCAGGGCGGCGCUCAACACACUUCGGCAAACACACGCCCUCUGGUUCAUCAAAAGUAACGGCUGUACACUUCGAUCUGGUACCACCCAACUUCGCUACGUCGUCGUGCUCGUACCGAGGCCCGGUGACGCUGAGUCCCUCGCGAGAGACUGCUGUGUGGUACAGUACGCGCUGGGGCGCUGUCGGGAGAAGAGCAGCGACACCGUGAGUGCCGUGGUGGUUGCCGAGGGAGGUACACUGCCGGAGGAUGUAGAGCGACACACGCAGGCGCUACAGGCACUUCUCCGGCGAGACACACCGGCACCUGUUCCAGAAGGUCAGAAUGACGAAGGCGUUGCUGACUCUGCAACCGCCACCGUGUCGCUGCCGUCACCACCGCUUCAGCAAGAGGAGGAAGAGCAGCAGCCAGAAAGUGCUGAAGAGGCUGUGGAUGAAUCGUCCACACCUCGUGUUGUUGUGUCAGCAGUGGGGGAGACGCCAGCACCCGCUGAAGAGGCCGACGAUGUAGCGGAGAAGGAGCAGUGGCCAGAGGUGUCGGUGUGUCAUCUGCGCGCUACCAAGCAGGUGGUAAUGCCGACAGCAAGAAGCUUACCGAUACAGAUUGUGAAGUUUCUCCAACGACACAAGACGGACGUGGUGGUGUUGCCGUCGACCGUUCCGGAGGAGCUUCAGCUUGCGCUCCUUGCCACGUCAAAGCAGCACGUUCUUGUCGUGCCGUCGGCUGAGCCAAUGCAUUGCUCCAGCGAAGCAACAGAGUUGCCUGUGGAGACGGCUGAAUGUACAGAGUGA